AUGUUACAGUUAAAUAAGCUACCUAUAAUAUUCAAAUCAUACCAUACAAGGCCUUUGGAUGUUAUAUUCAAUAUUGGUCGUAUUCGCCUAGGUACCCGUGUAAAACUUCGGAAUCGAAGUAUCCAGCAGAUUAGCCAGUACUCAAACUCAAUAAACAAAACGGUUGUUGAUAAACAAUUAUCCAAGGCUCAUGUAUAUAUUAAGAAAUCCUACAUCCUUCGAAAGCUCUAUGAUAACCCCAGAUGCAGAAAGUAUUUUGAUCGGUUAUUGAAAAAUGGUCCAAUAUCGACUGUAACAGCCUUUCUGGUUUUACAUGAAGUAACAGCUGUGGCACCACUAUUGAUGAUCUGGUAUAUCCUUUAUAAUCUUGAAUGUACAGACUUAUCCAUGUUACCCGACUAUGUCAAUCAGAAACUAACUGCGGUAGGAUCUCCUGUAAUAGAAAAGCUAGUUAAAGAACAUGGACAGGGCUGUGACAAACAAAAGUUGAUUACCUCUGGUGCUAUUGCAUACUGCAUUGUUAAAAUCUUGUAUCCUGCAAGAAUCCUUUUGAGUCUAUGGGCUGCUCCAUAUUUUGCUAGAAUUCUAUCACUUCCUUACAGACGACUAAAACAUUUCUAUAAGAGGUGA